AAUAAAAUACGACCUGCAGCAGCUGGUGUAUAUUAGAAGAAGAAAAAACAAGCACGCGUUUUUAGUCUUUUAGAACAAUUUUUCAUCACGUAUUAAAUACAAUAUAUACAUAAUAAUUCUUUUCUACCGUUACCAUGGUUACUGUAAUACUUUUGGAUAACGAUAUGAAACUUUUCGGGGAUGGUAUAUAUCGUUAACUGUAACCUUAAUAAUAUGCAUUUAGAUGUAGCGUGUUAUUCAACAGUAUAUUAUGUACCGUACAGUCAUCUUUUUGUAUGCAUAUACAGCACUUACAUCAUUGGCCGUUUAGAGUGUGAAGUGUGAAGUGUGGGCAAGACGAAGAUCACUGUGUCGUCAGCGACCACCAAUAUGUCCAUGUUGUGGUAUAGUGUGUUUGCGGUAGUGCGUGCGCAACAUUGCGCUUGGCCUACUGACCUGUUUGCUCAGGACCUGCCGAGUGCCGACUUCAGUCUGAUUCUAGUCGUCGAACGUGACGCGCGAAUUGCGUGUAUUAUAUUUCGCCGUGUCGUACCGUUCUCACCUCUCCCAGUGAACGAUUAUUAUUUUUUCAUUUUAAUUUAUUAUUAUUAUUAUUAAUUUAGUUUGUUUUCCCAUGUACGGUUCUCGUUGUAGUAUUUUGAUCGUAUUUAAUAAUAUAAAUUCACAUUUUAAUGUAACGAUGAGUUUAUUUGACUCGUCGAGCAGUGAAAAAUCAUGUCCUCUAUAAAACUGCACAACAGCCUGUCUUUGAGUCCGUUUAAUUUCGAAAACGAUGCUGACGAACUACCGUACGAACUGUCGUCUCCCGAUUCGCUGUGCAGCGUGUAUUUAGACACGAACAAUUCUCGACUGGGUCCAUAUGAUCUCCAAGAGUCUAGGACUAAGAUGAGCGGCGGCGCAAGCCCAAGCUCUGCGUUGCCCAAAAAGAAGAAAAAAAGCGACGCCAAGGGUCAAUCUCAAAUAAACAAGUGCCGUAAUGAAAAACGUCGCCGAGAACAGGAAAACAUAUACAUCGAGGAGCUGGCCGAGUUGAUCUCAGCUAGUUUGGCGGACAUGAAUUCCUUGUCUGUAAAACCUGAUAAGUGCGCCAUUUUACAGGAAACUGUGAAACAGGUGCGAGCCGGGAUUCUUAGACUUUCAUCUGAUCAAACAAAAAGUUUAAUUAGUACAGAAGCCGCUGUCCAACAAGGCGAAGUAUCUUCGUCAAAACCGACUAGAAUAUCAAAUACAGAAUUGGCACCUUUGUUACUUUCGGCAUUAGACGGGUUUUUAUUUGUUGUAAAUGCAGAUAGUCAAAUAGAAUUUGUGACAGAAAAUAUACAACAAUUUCUACAUUAUAACAAAGAAGAAUUACUUGGUAAAAGUGUUUAUAAUAUUAUUCACCACGGUGAUCACACCAAAUUUGGUGUUCUUUUAAAUAACUCAUUGUUAAUCUACGACUCGUCAAUUGGUCCUCUGGGCUCUAACGUACCAACCUCUCCUCUUAUGGAGCAAUCGCCCUCUGGUUCCAAAGGGAACAAUUGGAAUCAGAGGUUUACUAAAAAAUUUAAUUGCCGGCUAUUAAUCAAACCCCCAUCUGAUCAAGAUCAAACUAUCGAAGAAAAACAGACAAGGGUUAGCCAGUACGAAACGUUACAAAUAUCGUCUACAAAAAUUAAUGGUGGUAUGGUCGAUGACGAAGAUAGUACAGAUGGCAUUAGCCAGAACUUAUUAUGCAUAGCACGACGAGUGCCAUAUAAUGAAAAACAUUUAAGUCCCCCUUUGGAGCAGUUUACAAUUAAACUUGAUCAAAACGGAAAAAUUUUAGCUUUGGAUACCAAAGAUGUGUCUGAUGUUUAUGCUCAACACAUAAAUAAAGAUUGUUUGGUGGGUAGAAUGUUACAUGACAAAUGUCAUAAAAAUGAUGUAAUAAAAGUGGCCAACCAUCUACAAGAAACGCGUAGAGCAGGUUUUGGUACAAGUCCAGUUUAUAAGUUACACUUAAUUGAAGAUAAGUAUGUAAAGGUUCAAACUAAGUCAAAGUAUUUCAGAAGUAGUGAAAAUCAAGAAAUGGACUUUAUAAUGGCUGCGCAUUCAAUCAUUGUUGAUAAUGAAAUGUGUGCUAUGAUUGAGAGCAACAGUGCUCGUGCAGCAGCAGCAGACCCAUUGAAUGGAACAGAUCCAUUAAUGACUAAUAGUGUUGGAUCUAAUCAGUCUGUGUCAAUCUUACAAUCUGAAUCUAAAUUCAGUAAUGACUAUAACAUGACUCCAUCAGCUGAUCUCAAUUUUUCCGAUUUCGGAUUAUUCCCAAGCACAACAUUUGGUGAUAUGUUACAAGAAAAUAAGUGGUCUGAAUCAUCUACAAACUCAGUUGAAGCACCAUCUAAAAUUACACCAGUACCUAGUCCAGCUACUGUGUCGUCCAAUCCACACACUCCUGUGGCACAAUCACAGUACACAUCAUUUCCUUUCAAUCCACUCAUACCAUCACCAAAAAACUCUUAUGAUUCUUGUUGUAGUGUGGAUAGAAUGGAAUCAGCUCGUCUACGAGAUUUAUUAAUGAAUCGAACAGAUGGAUCAGCUAAAGAAAACAAUGUAUCAAAAAACAAACAUAAUAUAUUAAAAGAAUUAUUGAAUGCAGAUGAAAUGGCUUCCCCAAGUGCAGAUAACGAUUCGACUAAUCAUAGCACUCCUCCAAGUCCUUCUAAUGUACGGCAAGCAUCUCGCAGUAAUUCUAACAUGAAUGAUGCUCCAUCAACUCCAAAUAAUGCUACUACCAGCAAUAAUAAUAACAAUAUGUUGAUUACGUUAUUAAAUGACAAAAGCAAAGAUGAAGAUAUUGAAGCUCGAGCAGGGCUUAAAAAACAAAAUGAUCUUCUUCAACAAUUACUAAAAGAUGAUGAUAAUGUUAGGCAGCAUGGAAUCAUGCUUGAGCAAAACGAUCAACAUUCAAAUGAGGACUUAAUACUGAAUAGUAUGGGUUUUCGUAUUUUGUCCCCUACUUCACCAGACAGUCAUAACCAUGGUCGUAAACGUAAUAGUAUAAGUGCAGACGAUGAAAAUGAUCAUCCUCCAUUGAAGCGUACCAAUAGCAGCUCUGGUGGAAGUUCAGGUCCUUCAGUUCUUGAAUCUAUGCCUAGCCCUAGUGGCUCUCAAGCACAAGUUACCAAUAGUAAAUUACGCGAGCGAAACAAAAUGCUUGCUUCAUUGUUAGCCAAAGAUCCUCCUCCUACUGCUAUACCAGCAAUACCGGCUUCUGUAAUAUCAGCUACACCUCAAGACAAAUUAGUUACUAUAAUAAAACAGCAGCAGCAGCAGCAACAACAGUCUGCUAGUGGCUGGAACAUGAAUAGUGGACAACAUUCAAUGACUUCAUCAAAUGUACAACAAAACCAACUUCAUAGUCACCAAAAGAUUUUACUGCAAAAAAGUGGUAAUAACUUGUACCUAAAUCAUAUGCUGGAUCAACCACAGGCUAACCAAAGUCAAAACCAAAUUCAAAUACAACAAAUGCGACAAGUUACCUCUUCAGCUAUUAGUGGCUACAGUUCUCUGCUAAGUAAUAUAGCUGAAUCAAAUAGUAAUUCCUUACAAUUUAAUUCCGAUCCAGAAUUAUCAGAACUUUUAGAAGAAGUCAUGGAUAUUAUGAAUGUUAAUUCAGAUAAUACAACAUUGUUAAACUUAUUCAACGUUUUAGAAACACCAAAUGUCCCCAAUCCUGUCGGACAAACCACUACCAACCAAAAUUCUUACAAUUCGUUAAUGAAUGAAAAAAUGGCUGUAAAUGCAAUUCAAAAAUCUUUGAUGCAAGUUGAAUCUACAGUCAAAUCGCCUUCACCAAUGAACUAUGGUUCUCCCACUGGAAGCAAUCAUCAUGCACAAAACCAAUUUAUUCCACCUCCAGCAUAUCAACCUCAACAAAAAAACACUGUCAGAUUUAAUCCACAGCAAUCACCUAGACCACCAUAUCCUAAAAAUGUUCAAACUCCACCUUUGCAACAACAGCAGUUACUAUUGCAGCAACAACAGCAACAAAAACAAAGGUUGAUUCAGCAACAACAACAGAAGCAAAGACUUUUGCAACAACAACAACAACAAAAAAUAAUGGUUGUUACAACAAAUGCUGCAACUUUACCAACCCCAGAUCCUACUGCUGCUUUACAAACUAUAGAUUCAUUGUUAAAUAAUACUGGUCCACCUAAUGUUGCGUUACAACGUUCCUCGAGUGUACCUGAUUCACAAUCUCAACUAAGUCCAGUUUAUGCUGCCCCUUGCAGUGUGUUGCUCAAUUCAUCUCAGAUCUCACCUUCAUCUAACCGACAACCCCCAUAUUCUACUCUUACACAACAAUCUUUCCCUAUUUUAAACUAUGGAACUACUACUCAAACUCAAACCACUACACAAGCGCAACAAAUUGUACAACAAACCACAUCAAGAGUGUCUCCAUCAUCACAUUCACAAUAUCAAAAUCCUAUCAACCCUUGUGUUAGCCAACAACAACAAACACCAAAUAUUUAUAUUAGCCAAACACAACAACCUGGGGUGUGGACUCAACAAAGAUUGACAUUACACCAACAACAAAAUCCUAUGCUUAACGCUCAACUACAGAUCACUGGUGGUUUCAAUAACAAUCCUGUUAGACAAAAUUUUAUUAACCAACAGCAACUUAGUCACGGAAGUGCCACUCGUGUGUUAACAAGUCCUGUAGGUUAUAAUACCGAAGUACCACCUAAUACUAAUUGUCAGCCACAACAACAACAGCAGCAACAAUACCGGUUAUCUAGGAAUAUAAAUAUGACAACUACUAAUUCACAAAUCCAAGGUGGGAAUAAUGGUGUCACUGAGUUUACUAGAAAUGAGUUGCGGGCAUUUGUAGGUGUUCGUAGUCAACAGCAAGGAGUAACUCGGUUAUCUAACCAAUUAUUACCUGGACAAAAUGUUAAUUCUGCUGAGCUUGAUCCGCUGGGUUUAAGUUUUGACAUGUCUCCUUCAGGUGGUAAUGAAAGUCCGAAGUGGUCUAAUUUGAAUUCAGAUUUAAGUUCAUCUUCACCACAGCCCCAAGGAAUACCUGCAAGGAAUUCAAUAAAUGACUCUUCGAGAACUAGUAGUGCAAAUUCAACCACUAAUGUAACAGACCAAAAAUCAUCUCCUCUUCUGCAAAAACUGCUUUCAGAUUAAAUUCUUUUUUGCCUAAUGUAAAAGUGGCAAACAUUUUGGGUUGAAUUGUUUUAUAUAUUAUUUUUAUUAUUAUUAUUAUUAUUAUUAUUAUUAUUAUUAUAUAUUUUUUAAUAUUAUGUAUUUAGUUUUUUAUUUACUUAUUUAAUUUAGUAGUAAAAAAAAAACAAUUUGAAAUUUUAACAAUUUAACUAUGUACAAAUCUACCUACUUUACUUAAAUAGGUGUACAUAAUAUUUUUAGAAUUUAGGCUUUAAUGUUACAUGUUGUUUUAUUUAUUAAAAUAAGAAUAAGUUAUUAAUCAUUGUUUUGUUUUACUUGCCAAUGUAAUGUAAAUUAGUUUUUAAUUAUAGUUUUGAUAACAGUUUUACUUUGCUUAUUAUUUUGUUUUUUUUUUUUUUUAAUUUUCGAUGCAAAUCAGUAUUUAAGAGUAAUUAUUUUCAAUGGAGUCCAGUCAUAGUUGACAUAUGUUCAUGAUUAAUGUUCAAUGUUCAUUUGUGUGCUCUUGUUAUUUAUGUUAAAAUUUAAUAAAAUUCUUUAUAUUUGUAUGAUAUAUUCAGUAACUAGAAAACAUUUCAGCAAAUAUUCCCAAUUAUUUUUAUUUUAUUUUAUCAGCACUAAACAUAUAUUUAUUUAUAUUUUAUUAUUAUAAUUAUUACAAACACCGUUUUUUUUUUUUUUUUUUUUGUUAAUUUGUCAUAAUGGUUUUGUUAAUAUUUAUUGAUAUGUUUGAUCGUUAGUACGUUUUUAUUAUACCAACUACAAUGAUCAGUUUAAUGUCAUUGCGUUUCAUACGGUGACUACAUAUCAACAAAAUGUCUUCCUACUAAUAUUAUUGAUAGAAUAUAAAUUAAUUAUUAUUGAAUAUUAUUUUUUAUUAUGUUUUUCUUUUUCUCUUUCAUUAUUGUUUUGAUUUAAUUAUUUUCUUUGGUCUUCCUACAGUUUUAUUUUUGACAUUUAUAGCAAUGUUUCAAUUUAAGGUAUUUAAAUUCAUAGAUUUUGUCCGUUUCGGUUGUUCUUGUAAUUGAGCUUAUAAUAAAUUAAUAUUUCGAGUUAGGGUCAACACAUUCAAAAUAUUUAUAUAAACAAUGGGCUUACUCUUAUGAUUUUAAAUUACCUCGUUAUGAGUUGAAUAUUAUCACUUGUUAAAUUAGUUUUCUUCUUCUUAUUCCUCCUAGUAAAAGAUACUGGAUUCCAUUAUUCAAUUCACUUGGUCAAUUUAAUUAUUUUUAUCACAUGCUUAUUUCUCAAUUUAACUACAGUGGCAAGCAACUAUGUUUUUAAGUCCUAAUUGUGUUCAGCAAUUUUGCUCGUUCAUGUAAUAUCAUAAUUUCUUAAAAAUUAUUAGAUAAUUAGAACACUUAAAACAAUUUUUGUAUUUUAUUUUAAAAUGUAUGAAAAACAAUUAUAUUUGUGAGAAAAUGUUUAACCAAGUAUCUUUUAACAUGUUAAUAAUAAUAAGUCGUUAUUUUGCUUACUAUUAUUAUUAUAUUUUUAUUAUUAUAUAUUAUUAUUUUUACUGUUGUUGUUGUGAGUUUUCUUUUUUAAGUUCCUUUUGUUAUUAUUUACAAAUAAUUUUUUUUUCGGUCUUAAAACCUAGAUUUUUAGGAAGUCAUGUAUCAUUCAGUUUUAUUCCUAGGUGUACAUUAUUAUUAUUACUAUGAUUAUUAUGAUUAUUAUUAUUAUUAUUAUUAUUAUUAUUAUUAUUAUUAUUAUUGCCCCAUUUUAUUAUUACAGUUAACUUCAAUUAGUUAAAAUAUGUUUGACAGUAAGCACUAAACGCUGAAAUUGAACUCUUCUAGGUUAUCUGGUUGAUGUUGUUUAAUGUUGAAAUUAGUAUAAAUUAAUACAUUCUUGGUGUCGUUUUUGAAAAAAUGUUUAUGUAGGGUAUUAUUUGCCAAUUAAUAUUCUUAUAAUAUUAUAUUAUAGUUACCUAUGAAAUACACUCAGGUUAUUGCAAAAUAUAUAUGUAAUAUAGGGGUGUUUGUAUGUGGUUUUUUAUUAUUAUAUAUACAUAUAUAUAUAUAUUUUUUUUAUAUAUAAUUUCAAGUCUAAUGUGUAAUGACACAACAAUAGUGUUAGAAUAAUUUAGAUUUAUCUAAUGUAUGAUAAUAUUUCGUAAAUUUUUAAGCAAAAUUGUACAUUGACCAAUUUGGGUUAUUAUUAUUACUUUUUAAUUAAUUAUUAUUCAUUAAGUAAUCUUAACGCAGGGAGAUAUGCAUUGUUGAUGUGGGAAUAUGUGUGUUGAGAUAGUAAUUUUAUUUAUACACUUGUUUUAUAUGUAAAUAAUGUAAAAGUUGAUACUAAAUGUGAAGGUUAUAUAAAAAUAUCUCGUGAGUGAUAAUGAGAAAAAAAUUUUUCAAUUUUUUAUUCCAUUAUUUUUGUAACAGUUCUUAUUAACUUAAUUGAAAAUUAUAUAUAUGCACGUUUUUCAUUUAAAUGAAUUAACUGUGUUAUCUUUUUUGAAAUAUAAUUUUAAUUUAACGUGAAGAAUAAAUAU